AUGGCGCCUUCCGGUCCUUUCCCCGUCACUGUCCAUCCCUUUGACUCCGAAUGCCGGGGCUCAGCUGCCUACGAAGUUGGCCAGGCUUCUGCUCACAAUGCCAUCGUCUUUAUCGGCGGGCUUACUGAUGGCCCACAUACUAUUCCCUACACCCGACUCCUAGCUGAGCGAUUAGAACAGGCAGAAGAUCUGGGCUACUCGGUCUUCGAGUUCCGCAUGAGGAGCUCUUUUUCAGGAUUUGGUACUUCGAACCUGUCCAACGACGUGGAGGACAUCUCUGCGUUGGUCAAGUAUCUCCGAGGCAUUGGAAAGAAAAAGAUCGUCCUCUUUGGUUCAUCCACCGGUUGCCAGGACUGUAUUGAGUAUGCCGACUACCCAAAACAUAACAACGAGCCGGUGGAUGGCUUCAUCUUGCAAGGGCCAGUGUCGGAUCGUGAGACACUGGACUUGAUCAUGCCUGAUCCUCAGCCGAGUCUUGAUCUCGCAGCCAAGAUGAUCUCUGAGGGCAAGGGGGGUGAUUGUAUGCCCUUUGACAUGAUCCCAGCUGUUCUGGGAGCACCGAUUUCGGCAUAUCGAUUCCAAUCUCUGGCCAGCAAAGGUGGCGACGAUGACUAUUUCUCGUCAGACCUCGAUGACGAAAUCCUGGAGAAGAACUGGUCACGAUUCAAGAAGCCAGUGCUAGUCCUGCACUCUGCUGAGGACGAAUUUGUUCCCGCGCGUAUCGACCAAGCCGCGAGUAACAAAAAGUAUAAGGAACUGAACUCGUCCGCCGUCAGUGACCUAUCUGGGCUGAUCCCUGGCGCAAGCCAUACCGUUGAGCAACUCGAAUCGCAAGAGUGGCUUUCCAAGACAGUGGUUGAGUUUUUGAAAACGGUAUAA